AUAUUCUUUUCAAUGCAGAAAUCUGUGCAGCUGCAUAGUUUGUGAUGAUUUGCCAGGUAGGUUCUCACGGGAGCCAAAGUUUUAUCUUUUAGAGGAGCUAAAUGAGCUUAACUUCCCAUUAGGGUGUGUAAUAUGCUGGGAUUAGAAACAAGAAAAACAGUCAACUGAUCUUUGUUAUAGAUUGUCGCCCCUAGUUUUUGGAGAUCAGAUAUUUGCCUAAUGUUACAUGUAUAACAGACAGUUGCCAAUUGUUCUUAAGUAGCAUAUAGUCAACUGCUCAAUAUUCUUCCAAAGUUGAAAGUUUAACAUCGAAUGCUGUAGCACCCAUAGUAUGCUGUAGCAGCCAUCGUACGCUGUAGCAGCCAUCAAAAGCUGCAACACUAUUGUAUGCUGUAGCACCAAUCGUAUGCUGUAGCACCCAUUGUAUGCUGCAACACCUAUCGUAUGCUGAAGCACUCAUCGUAUGCUGUAGCACCCAUCGUAUGCUGUAGCAGCCCUCGAAAGCUGCAACACCAUUGUAUGCUGUAAAACCGAUAGUAAGCUGUAGCACCCAUCGUAUGCUGUGGCACCCUUCGAUAUCACAUCAUGGCACAUUAUCGGAACAGGAUGACACAUUCGUCCCUGCAAUUUGUGGAACGGGGAGAGCGAAGGAGUAAGUUGGUAGGAAGCUUCCCGGAGGUCGACACUCAUCACCUCUCCCACUUCAAGCCAGCAAUGCAUCCAACAGGGGAUCAUUCAGAGCAGCACUUGCCAAGCUCGAAAACGAAAGAACGAGAGCUGACAGAAAAAGAUCUAAAGUGGAAACUCAAAUACGCUCACUUGUACCCAAAAACCAAUUGGAUGAAGGAGAUUAGGCGUGUGACCAAUGCCAAUGUAAAAACCUACGCUCUUGUUCUACGAAGUCUUCCAGAGUCCCCAAUGAAUAUGCCAGAAAAGAUUUUAUUAAACAGACAGUUGAAAGACGCUAUUAAACAUGGCGUUGGCUCCAGGAAGUACCACAACAUCAGACAUUCCAUCAAGGUCGUUGCAGACGCCAGCCAGAAAUUGCAGCGGAAUACUUCGAAUUCUUUUGGUUUCAGAGGAAGUGGAUUCUCUCCCUUGGUACUCUGGGGAGACACCAUUGGCAAAAUUACCGCUAACUUUGGAACCAACGUGGCUUCGUAUUUCUCUUUUCUGCGCUUUCUGGUCCUUCUCAAUACCCUGAUGUGCAUUCUUAUGUUCUGCUUUGUCUCACUACCCCAGAUAAUCACUCUGGAAGUCAAUGAUGACAACAUUUCCGGUUUCUUUAUGAAACUAUCCAGCACCAUAUUUUUCUAUGGCGCCUACAGUAACUCCAGCAUUGAGCACGGUCCCAGCAAGUACAAUAGACCACUGGCCUACUUGACCACCUGGAGUUGCGCCAACUUACUGGCUGUAUUGAUUAUUGUCAUAAGUAUGUUUGUUAAGUACAAGACUAUCAAGGGAUAUAACUUCAAAGACUCGGAGCCUUACUCCAGCUGUUUGUUUACGAGUUGGGAUCAUUCUGUCACCAAUCGAAACAAAGUGGAGAAAAUGAAAGGAUUUAUUGCGAACUACUUUAAGGAAACCAAAAAGGAAGAGGAAAUUAAAGAAAGAUUAACAGCCUCAAAAAAGGUGAACCUGUAUCUCAUACGUAUAGUUUGUAAUGUGGUCAGUAUUUGUGUGCUAGGGGGCAGCGCCUACCUGAUCUACUGGGUGGCGUCCCACACCAUCAAACCAGAACUGGCCGUGCCAAAGGAAGUCAAUGAUUUCAUACUAAAGUACCAGCUGACACUGCUAGUGUCGUUGUUGAAAAUACUGAUUCCACCUCUGCUGUCAUUGUUGCUGUAUAUAGAAAGGUAUCACCCGAGGACACAGAUUAAAGUCAAAAUAGCAAGAACUGCCACUUUCUAUGUGGCCAGCCUUGUGGUUUUUCUGGCUUCCCUCUACGAACUGUCCAGGAAGUGCGCCCUUGACGUGGCCGAUGACAGCACAGUCUGCUGCUGGGAGAACGAAGUGGGGGAGAACCUGUUUCAGAUCAUCAUCUUGGAUCUUGUUCUUGGGAUCGUCGUGGGGGUGGUCAUCACUGGGGGUCAAGCUUUUCUCUACUUUACAGGAAUCUUGAGAAGAUUUGGAAGACCAGAUUUCAACGUGGCCAAUCUAAUCCUGGAUUUGGUUUACGGGCAGGCACUUAUCUGGCUUGGUUUGUUCGCCGCGCCUUUCUUGGCGUUCGUUGGUUUGAUUAAGUUAACCAUCAUCUUCUACUUCAACUACGGCCUGGUCUGGCUCUUCUGCGAGCCCAACAACGUCUUCAGGGCGUCAAGGUCAGGGACAUUCUACAUGUUUAUUCUGCUGACCACCCAUUUCGUCUGUUUGUUCCCCAUGACCUACGCUAUCAUCAAACUGAAGCCAUCAGAUGCAUGCGGCCCAUUCAGAACAAAGCAGAGAGUGUACGAAGUGCUGACCCACGAGAUCGGCGUCUCCCCAGACUGGAUCUAUGACAUCAUUCAAUUCUGCAGCACUCCAGCAGUCAUCAUUCCAGUGAUUAUUUUCUUAAUAUUAGUGACUCUCUAUUAUAAAGUGAAAUCCUCAACCCUGCACGCAGAGACCAAAGAACUUCGCCACCAUCUUGAGUUUGAAAGGAAAGAAGGAAAAAGAAAUGUUUAUGCAGCUGCAACAAGACUUGUUUCGAGUAGAUCAGUACCUAACGAUCUCAACGAGCUGGGUAUAUCCAGGUCAGUAGAUUCACAUUAUGAUCAUGGGCACGCCACUGAAGCGAAUAUCCGGAAAAAUCUAAAUGUGCAAUACCAACAGCAACUAGACGCUAAGGAUCUUCUCGCGAAAGAUGGUCAAGGCCCAAACAAAAGACAUACCCCUAAUGUCCAAAGCAAUUCACCCAGUGGUCAAAGCCAGCUACUCAAAGCUCAAGCUCCUUCGCCCAUUGGUCAAGGUAUUAAAUCCAAUCAAGGAAAUGGACACAGUGGUCAAGGACUGCCUUCAAAGAGCCUUCAACAGCAACUAGACGCUAAGGAUCUUCUCGCGAAAGAUGGUCAAGGCCCAAACAAAGGACAUACCCCUAAUGUCCAAAGCAAUUCACCCAGUGGUCAAAGCCAGCUACUCAAAGCUCAAGCUCCUUCGCCCAUUGGUCAAGGUAUUAAAUCCAAUCAAGGAAAUGGACACAGUGGUCAAGGACUGCCUUCAAAGAGCCUUCAACAGCAACUAGACGCUAAGGAUCUUCUCGCGAAAGAUGGUCAAGGCCCAAACAAAGGACAUGCCCCUAAUGUCCAAAUCAAUUCACCCAGUGGUCAAAGCCAGCUACUCAAAGCUCAAGCUCCUUCGCCCAUUGGUCAAGGUAUUAAAUCCAUUCAAGGAAAUGGACACAGUGGUCAAGGACUGCCUUCAAAGAGCCUUCAUUCGUCCACUGACCAAAUUACUCGACCCCAGGUUCAAGGCUAUGUACACAGCGGUCAAAGUGCCCCAUUUAACUCCAUUCAUACAAAUAAUCAAAGUUAUUCUAUCAGCGGUCAAGCCCCAUCAACUGUUCCUGGUUCGUCGUCAGUGGACACAGGUCUAAUUAUUCAACCAUGGGUCAUUUCUGAUGGCUCAUCCCCCACAGCUCCACCUCGUCCUUAUAACGUUAAUGCAGCCCAGUCUCCCAGCGAGAAUCCUCUUAUUGCUAACAUAAACGUUUCACCUAGGAAAAACCCAAGCAAUCCAACUAGCAACAGUCAAACUCCACAUAGAGGCGGCCCACCUCAACAUUCCAAAAAAGAACAGCCUCAAGAAUCUAGCAGCAUUUCGACACGUCAGUCAAGCGGCAUUCCUAGCAAGCCAUCAAGCAGCCAGCCAGCUCAACCACAACCCAAAGCUAGGGCACCUCAACCGCCGGAAAGUAAUUUUAGUCCCUCGUCGCAAAUCAGCGAUUCAGCUAAUGCAUCUAGCAAGAGCCUUGCUCUUUCAAGUAACAGCAAAGCGGCUGACUUUCCCAAUAGUAAAGUCUCCCUUCCACCUAGCAACAUCCCAACUGCAGCAUCGAGUAAUAUACUAUCUCUUUCGCUAACGAGCUCUUUGUCUCCAGCAUCUAGCCAGAUCAUAAAGUCAUCAGCAAACGAUACUCCAAUUGAAUCUUCUAACACUGACAAUACAUCUCCAGCAAUCAGCAAUCCAGCCUCCUCUUCAAUUACUAAUGUCUCAUCAUCAACAGUCAGUAGCCCCUCUCAGUCCUCUGAUAUUAACCUUGUAAAGCCACCAAAUAGAAACCCAAUUAAACGUAAGCCAGAUCAGACGACCGGUGAGAGCCUCGGGGCAGCACCAAGCAGUAAGUCAGUCCAUAAAACAAUCAUUAGUCUUCAUCCUGACACAAGCAUUCAUCCAUCUCUGACAUCUGAGCAUAACAGCAAUCAACUUGAUGAGCCUACUCAUUACAAAGAUCAAAUUGAUGAGCCUACUCAUUACAGAGAUCAAAUUGAUGAGCCUACUCAUUACAGAGAUCAACUUGAUGAGCCUACUCAUUACAGAAAUCAACUUGAUGAGCCUACUCAUUACAGAGAUCAACUUGAUAAGCCUACUCAUUACAGUGAUCAACUUGAUAAGCCUACUCAUUACAGAGAUCAACUUGAUAAGCCUACUCAUUACAGUGAUCAACUUGAUGAGCCUUCUCAUUACAGAGAUCAACUUGAUAAGCCUACUCAUUACAGAGAUCAACUUGAUAAGCCUACUCAUUACAGAGAUCAACCUGAUAAGCCUACUCAUUACAGGGAUCAACUUGAUGAGCCUACUCAUUACAGGGAUCAACUUGAUGAGCCUAGACAUUCAAGUGAUUAUCCUUAUCAGGUUAAAGUGCCUGCAGAUAGUAGCGAUCAUUCGGACUCAUUCUUAAGCAGUGAUCCUCAAACUAUGGCAUUCCAUCAAAUGUCUAGCAUACUUCCAGAUAAUGAAUUUACGGACGUGGGUCCCAGAGACGUUGACAAUCAUCGAAACCAACCUACUUUACAUCUUUCUGAUGAUGACAGCAGCCUAUCUUUCACACCAGAUUUUGAUGAACGAUCAGAUGAGUCCUAUGAUAACGAACCUGUGACCUCUAGGUUUGAACCGGAACCUGAAGAUGGUGAUAGUCUAGAUCUACACAUCCAAGAUCUGGGGGACAUGCAUGUAGACAAACCUUAUUCUGAUUUUAGCUGGAAUGAUUCAGAUUCAAAUACAAAUAACUAGUACUGAUAAGACUAAUGACUGGUAACUGUUACUUAUUUCAGUCGUUCUCAAACUGUGAUCUGAAGACAUUCUUUACUUGGUAUAGUCCCGACUAGCUGUUGAAUUCUUUAACACUUGAACAAACGUAGAUCCUAAUCACAGAUGAAUCCAUACUAAUACAGGAGCAGCUUAUUCAAAUAUCCACAAAACGAGGAAAUUAAAACCAAUGUCUGAAGAAGGAUACCACAAAAUUCUGGUAACAAAAACAGAUUUCAAUUUUUUAGUCCGCAUUAAGGGUCAUUUGUGAAGAAGUUGUUGACUGAUCUCCCUUCUUCUUGUUACGUAGAUUCAUUGUUGUAAUGAACCUCAUCACCAAUUAAAGAAACCGACCAGAAGUGUGUGCCUGUGGAGAUUUGCGGUCGAUACUUACAAGCAGUGAGCAGGACAUUAAUACACAUAAAUACACUCAUAAAAUCCCCUCAGCCUUAUACUUGUCAUGAAUUUCUUAGAAUUGUACUUUAAAAAGUUGUAAUCUCGUUAUACAUUCUGUAACAAAGUUUUUAUUUUACAUUUUUAACGUAUUUAUUUAUGUACCUGUUUCACUUAGAGUUCAGUGGAUCUGUCUGUGGCAUUUUAUGUCUCUGGAGUCAAUCUUUGCAGCUUCUCAUGAGACUUAAGAUGCCUAUUCUUGAUACACAGCUGCGGUCACAGGUUGGACAUCUGUAAUCACCAGGGGUUGUUGCAUUUUCACCCUUCUUUCUACUACUGUUGUGUAUGCCAUCGGCAAAGCGGGACCCUUCCAUUAUGCUCGCUCUCCAUGUGGAUCUAUCCAGUGCAACUAUUUCCCAGCUGCUAGUGUCGAUUUUGAAGAGCUUCAUGUCGCGUUUGCAUGCAUCAGUAUAUCUUAAAAGUGGACGACCAGUGACUAUCCUUGAUGUCAGUGGGUACGUUUCGACCAUUUAAAGGGGACCAGGAGUAAAAAAAAAGUCUGUAUGUAUGUAUCUCGACAUUUAUUACUGCGUAUUUAAAUCUUUGUCUCAUAGACUUUAUAAUAAACAUUAGGCUUAUAUUGAAGUUGGAGCCCAGCUGUGACCUACAUAUUUUGCCACAACUGACGCUGACAAAGUCAUUGUUUACAUAUUUACUUUCUCUUCCACUGUUUCUUCCCGAAACCAUACUCUACCAGUUGUUAUCAUUAAUUCUUGUUAUAAUACAUUUAUAUAAUUAAUUGAAAAAGUUAUUUACACUUUUGACAAUGACAUUGUAGAUCUAAAUUUUGUAUUAUUUGUUCAUUAUCCGCUUUAUCUCCUCUUCAAUAAGUAUGCAUCAUUUCUGUAGUCUCUAGUAAUGUAAUACUUGGCCAUAGUUUACAAUGAUGAUUAUAUUAAUAUAGCCCAGUAAGCCAUAAGUAUGCUGUUGGUAAAAGUAGAAGGCUCAGAUGUGUGUAUAUUAGUGGAAAAGACACUGACCAGGGCUAUUUUUAAGGGGAGGGCUAAACACCCCUUACUCCUUAUUCUAUUUGUCUAUGUCAGUAAUAAAGAAGAUGUUUCUCACAAAAGUUCUUGCACAAUUUAAUAAAACAAAGAUGUGCAUGUGUGAGUGUAUUUUUGCCUUGUAUUAAAAACCUUUAGACUGAAA